AUGCAGAAGCUGGCUUCUGACACUCAUGGUGAUGUUCCUCGAACCAUGAGAUCCAGGAGUCGAAGACAUGAUGGUCAUACCCGUACUUAUCACCGCGAUGGUGGUGCAAGGCGACAUAACCGGAAGCUAAGUAGAAUAGUGGAGAAACUGGUUCAUGCUAAUAGUCACGUUUCAAAGAAUGAAACACUCAUGGAAGAAGAGGAAGAGAACGACAACGACGAUGAAGAUGAAGAAGAUGACGAUCUUACGUCCGAGAAUUCGGAAACCCAAGAUUAUAACCCACAUUCUCCGUCCACUAUAACCCCGAGCAAAGACAAGGCGACAAACAAACUACGGGACGACAAUGCCAGACGUACUAGUAUUACCACUAUUUCCGAUACAAGCUCAUUUUCAUCCAUGUCGACUGCCAGACGAUCUACAUCUUUAACGUACAGUUCAAAGAUACGGCGUAGCUCCAGUGGAAAGAGGAAUUCCAAGCCGGAAUCGUCUGAUCUGGUGGGCGACAACAAUGCUGCUGCUAAAUUCGAUAAGAAUAAGAGGAAGCAUAUGGCCAAACUCAGGCAAUAUAUUGGCAAGAAAUUGAGUGGAGGCAGUGAUAGUGAAACCGAAACUAACAGUGGGAACGACAUUCUUGAAGGGAGACACUGGGAUUUAGAACAUAUUGAAGAAGAGGCUCGGGAUUAUUUGGAUUCAGAUAAUUCCGAUGCCUUAACUAUAGACAGUGAUUUUGGAGUUGCAGUGGGUAAGAAUGGUAAUGUGGUUAAGAACUUGGAUCCAGAGGAGUUGGAAAGAAUUAAGAAUAAAGGAACAAGACGUAAACUUUCCGGAAUGCAUGCAAAUGAAGACCAAUUUUUAGAUGAAGAUGACACUUAUCUUGACGAUGAGGAGGCUGAUUCUGAAGUGUCUGAAGAUUAUGAAGGAGAGGAGUUUAUAGAAGGUGAUGAAAAUGAUUACGACGACGAUGAAGACGAUGAAGAUGACGACGAUGAUGAAGAAGAAGAAAUUGAUGACGAUGCCAUUGAAGGAGAAAGUUACGAAAGUGAAGCAUUUGAUGACGAAAUGGAAGAGUCUACGUUUUCAGACACCGAUUCUAAUUCUAUGCUUGAUUCUACUUCAUUACUUUCAGUUUCAUACAACAAAAGUCAAAGUUAUAUUUUUGGAUCUAAUGGCCAUACUGUCACUGAUUAUGGACAGCUUUCAAAGAAGCGGAAGAAGAAGAGAGGCAGUUUUGCUGAUGCACAAAGUACCAAGCACACAUUACCUAAAGGAGGACUAUUCAAUAAUAGCAUGGGGAAAAUACCUCGGAUAUCCAGUUUGGGUAACAUUAAGGGCCUAACAAUAGGGAAAGAAAAGAAGCAAAACUUAUUCAGAAAGAUAGACCUAAAGGAAAGGGAUGGUAACGUUUCAAAACAAUCAAAUUUGAGUAAUAUGAUCAAAUCAAGACAUAAACUGUCUCAUACUAAUCCCUUAUCCUACUAUGGAUUUGUUGAUCUGGAUGAUGUACUGGUGGUCGGCACCAAGAAGGUGAAGCUUGAUAUAUUUCUUCCUCCUAAAACCACACCUACAUUAAGUGCGUUACAUAUUAACAGUAACGUUGCUAUUAGUGACUGCAUUGGAUAUGUUCUUUUGAGUUUAACAUUAAAGACUGAGGAGUACAAGAGUGUAACUGAUCUUGAGUUCUAUGACCCCAAUAACUGGAGGCUAGAAUUGGUUGAUGAAGAUGGAGAAAACUACGGCUCCUUUGGGAUUUUAGACCGAACUCGUUUACUUUCUUCUUACAAUUGUCCUCAGCAAGUAGCGUUAUGCAAAAUAGAAAACCCAGAGGAAAUUGCUAGAAACAACAGAAUAGCACCACUACCUUCAGAAUUUAAGCAGAGUCUUGCUGAAUUCCAAACACGUUCCAAAACUACAUUAGUCUCAUUAUCCAAUGAUGUUAGAGACCAAGAAUCGGUAGAUAUAAUAAUAUCGUUGAAGAGUGUCCCACAUGAUUUUACACAGCAAGAUUAUUACCGAAUGACUAUUCCUGGUCAUAUAACGGUGGGUCAAUUAAUGCAACAGUUUUGUCUUAUUAGUGGGAUGGACCCAUCAAGAUGGAAGUUUAGAGAAUGCAGUGAUGAUGGUACCUUUACUGCUGAUGAGACCACCAUUAAACCCAAUCCAUUUUUGCGUGGUGGUUCCACCACCAACUUUUCGAAACCCUUAUCCAAAUCAUAUUUCAGUCCUGUGUUAUCCGAUACUCAAUUGGUGAGCAAAUUGACUACGUAUAGCUUGGAGAUUGUUCCCAAUAGUGCAUAUUCUAUGAUAUUAUCUGCUACAGCACAAGGUACCAAUGCUGACAAUAAUGGUAAUCAUUACGGGGCACUUAAUUCUAUGAUAACACCGCCUGCCAAUGGACUAACAUCAUUAAUCACUCCAUCUACACUUGACGAGAAACUCCUGAGCAUGGCUCUUGAUCCUGUUUGUGGAGCCAACUUGGACUCUUCCAACAACAAGCCGACACCACCACCACCACGUCAUCAAGUGGUGUCUUCCUCAAAAUCCAAGUUUGAAACGGAGAAGGCCAAUAAGUAUUUGCAAGAUAUCAUGACGGGGAAAUCAACGAUGGAGAUGCCUCCCAACAUCAAUACCAUUUAUUUCAAAUGGAAAGUAUGGAGAAAGAAACCUACGAUUUUGAAUCGAAUUGAAAAAUCUUUAAUCAUAGACGGAGAUUAUGUUCAUCUUGCACCAACUGAUGACAUUACGUUUCGAGAUACCAAUAAUACGUUUUCCAAUUCCAGUGGAGGCUACCAUUCGAAUAAUAAUAGUAACAGUACUACUACCACCAGCACCACCCACCAUCACCACCAUCUUUACUACUACAACUACAACAAUUACUAUAAGGAACUGAUGCUAAAGACCAGCUCAUUCCAUAUCACGCAGAUAACAAAGGUGAAACACUACAAGAACGCUAAGAACCCCAACCAGUUCAAGAUCGUUGUAUCCAAGCUUAUUGAGGGCGGGAAAGAGUCACUGGUGAAGAAGAAAUAUGAUCUUGAGGCGUCCAACUCAAAGGAGUGUCAAGAGAUUAUCGAGAAGUUGAAAUGGGUGAUGCAAGUGUAUAGGUUGUCCACAGCCAACUGA